GAGGGAGGGAGCACGUGAAAAAGAGUGGGUGACCUGCAGAGCUGUAUAAAGUCAGACAGACGGGAGGGAACCACGCACACUCACUGACUGACUGACUGACUGACUGACUGACGUGCAUAAAAACACAAGCCAAUAGGAGGCCAAUCAACAUCCAUCUAUUCUCCACUUCCAAAGCAGAGCAGCAUGUUGCACUGGAGGCUCCCCCUGGCAGUCGCUGUGUGGUCGAUGUGUGUGUGUCUGGCUCUUACCUAUGAGGACGAUAUCGAGGUCAACUAUGCUGACACCUACUACAACGAAAUCACCGAGGAGGAGACACCAGAGCCCACACCGAGUGCGGCUCCCUGCAAUUCUCCAGACCUCACAAAAUGGGACAAAAUCUUCUCAAUGCUGGAGAAUAGCCAAAUGAGGGAAAACAUGCUUCUCCAGUAUGCCGAUGACAUUGUAAAAGUGGAGAUGGGUUCUUUACGAGGGGAGAUUCUCAGGUUUGUGGCCCAGUAUGGGGGUUCCUGCGGCGCUGCAGUAGAGACAGCAGGAAGAAGGAUGGCCUUGCAAAUGGAAGCAAGACUCAGAGAAUCCCUGGUGCGGCUAAAAUUUGGUGAUCACACUUCUGGUCCUGUUGAGGGAAAUUCUGUUGGGAAUUCAAACAACCUGGAGGCAAUGCUACAGCAGCUUCUCUCCGCCACACGAACCCAAGCGACCAGACUAGCCAAGAUGGAAACCAGCUGUUUCAGCAACACAGGAACUGUUAAAGCAGCACCCCAACAACCAGAUAUCAGAGGAGCAGGCCACAGAGAGAGAACUUUAGAGGGAGUGCUGGCUCUUCUGCAGCAGACAAGAACGGAGCUGGAGGGGCUGAAGUCACUGCAGCCAAGACACCUUCCUGCAGGUUGUGAGAUGGCGCUCCUCUACCCCAUGCGCUCCCGUCGGAUAUACACUUCUGUAAUACCAGAUGUUCCUCUUUCACUGUCCUCCUUCACCGUCUGCUUGUGGGUGAAACCAGUCGUUGUCUCCAACAAAACAGUGCUCUUCUCCUACGGCAACCGCCGCAAUCCCUAUGAGAUCCAGCUGCUGCUGAGCCACACGUCCGCCUUUUUAACCAUAGGAGGAGAAACUCACCUGGUGGAGGCACGUGGAGUGGUCAAACCAGACAGUCCACCAGAAUGGCUCCACCUAUGUGGUGUUUGGUCCUCUGAGCAGGGUCUGGCUUCUUUGUGGGCAGGUGGGAAAAAGGUAGCUUCUACACCAGGAGUGGCUGAAGGACACAUCCUACCAGACGGAGGUUCUCUACAGUUGGGACAGGAAAGGAACGGUUGCUGCCAUCUGACCCCGAGCAGCAGCAGCGGAAAUGGUAUGGCGGGGUUCGAGGCAGGGUUUGAUCCCAAGCUGGCAUUCACAGGAACAAUGACAGGGGUCAAUAUGUGGGACAAAGUGCUGUCAGAGGAGAAGAUUUCCCAGUUGGCUUUGCAAGACGGUCAAGGUUGCGAGCAUAGGGGGAACAUUGUGAUGUGGGGUGUGACGGAGAUGGUGCCACACGGAGGCGCUCAAUUCGUCAACUAAAAGACUGCAAUUAUCAAUUUUUUUUUUUAAUCCCACAAACUCUGUAAGAAGCUUUUCAUUCUGAAACGAAGAGAACAUCUACUCUGCUAUAAUCUUUGUACAAGUACUUCAAUGUUUCAUAAGGGUAAUAAUUUCAAUUUCAACUGAGGCCAUAUCAUUUACACAUGCUGCUCUCUGCAACACAAACAGUGUUGUGCAUUCAUCUUGAGAAAAGGUGCGUCGUGGCAAGACAUGUUGUUGACCAAAGACUUUAAUUAGUGUGAAAGAAAGUAUCCAUUGUAUGAGUAAGCACAUUCUGAGCCAAUAAAUAAAAUAACUGAGCAGACACAGGAGAGGCCAACAACAGGUCAAAGACAAAUAUCCAUCUAGUUUUGUACAUAAAUAGCAAAUACAGUUAUUGUGUCAUUAUUAUCAUUUUUUGAUAUGGUAAACUUGGUGUUUAUAGAUUGUUGGAUUAGUUCGCUAUAGGACUAACAGAGGUACCAUAUUAAGUUUGUGAUGGAAUGAGCCAUGCUACUUGUGAUCCAUCAAAUACUUGUCUGACUGAAAACUGCUGUGCAUGCAUCGAUUAAGCAUAACCAACUGUAGAAACUCGGCAAUUUUGCUUUUGAUUUCAUACAUUUCCACUUUUUCACUCAUUUAGGUCUUCAUACACACGCUUUGUCAGCUGUUUCAGUACUUUUUACACAUCGGAUAAUGUAUAUUUAUCUCGCUUUUUUUAUAUUGCAAAGUGAAAUUGCUGUAUUUGUCACUUGAGGUUGACUUUUUUAUACUAUAAAUGAGGGCAAAGUUUACAAGGUUUGAUAUUUUGUGAAUUAUGUUGUCUUGUAUUAUACUGUAUAUUGCUUUUGAUGUCGCAGUCAAUGUCAACGGGUUGAAAAUGAAUGUACUUUGUGCAUAAAUAUAUUAUGUGGUUGGUUGUGUGCAGAGCGUGGUAUGAAUAAACACAUGUUAUAGUUUCUUUGUU